ACAAGCACGUCAGAAUUCGUGUCCCUGGGCGUUCGUCCAUCUCUAUGGUCACCCCAUUGAAAAAAUGGAUUUGGAUCAGUUGGACCUGAAUCCUAGAAUUAUUGCUGCAGUUAAGAAAGCCAAACUGAGGUCAGUAAAGGAGGUUCUGCAUCUUUCUGGACCAGACCUGCAGAGGCUGACCCGCCUCUCCGGCCCCGACGUGCAGCGCUUGCUGAGGGCGGCCUCCUCACACCUGCGGGGAAGCAGCGUCUGCACAGCGCUCCAGCUGCUGCGGCAGAAGGAGCAGUUCCCCGAGCAGCACCAGCGCCUGAGCCUGGGCUGCCCCGUGCUGGACGGGCUCCUCCGCGGCGGGCUGCCCCUGGACGGCAUCACCGAGCUGGCCGGACGCAGCUCCGCCGGGAAGACCCAGCUGGCGCUGCAGCUCUGCUUGGCCGUGCAGCUCCCGCGGCGACACGGAGGCCUGGGGGCCGGGGCCGUGUUCGUGUGCACAGAGGACGCCUUCCCCAGCCGGCGUCUGCAGCAGCUCAUUGCUCAGCAGCAGUGCCUGCGGACAGACGUCCCAGGGGACGUGGUCAGGAAAAUCCAGUUUGGCCACCAGAUCUUCAUCGAGCACGCAGCCGACGUGGACACCCUGCUGGAGUGUGUGCGUGAGAAGGUGCCUGUGCUGCUGUCGCGGGGCAUGGCCCGCCUGGUGGUCAUCGACUCCGUGGCAGCCCCGUUCCGUUGUGAGUUCGACCAGGCGGCCUCGGCCCUCAGGGCCCGGCGUCUGCAGGCGCUGGGGGCCGAGCUGCGCCGGCUGAGCUGCACCUUCCGGAGCCCCGUGCUGUGCGUCAACCAGGUGACGGAAUUCGCAGAGGAGCGGGGUGCGGCAGCCGGGCCGCCGGGUGUCGGGGGAGAGCGGGUGUCUCCGGCCCUGGGAAUAACCUGGUCCAACCAGCUCCUGGUGAGGCUGAUGGCCGACCGGCAGCGCCCCGAGGAGGCCGCCUCCGCCCCGCCCCGCCGCACCCUGAGGGUGGUCUCCGCCCCCCACCUGCCGCCCUCGUCCUGUUCCUACACGGUCACCGCUGAGGGUGUGCGGGGGACGCCUGGGACCGAGUCCUGCUGACGUGUCGGCCUCCCCCUGGUUAGGGCCCCUCAGGUACCAGGGGCUGCAGCAGCUUCCUCCACCCCGGCCCCCGCGAGCUUCCUCCACCCCGGGCCCCCGCGAGCUCCCGCCCGGAUGCGGGCCCCCGGCCCAGCCCGACCCCACAAGGCUGCACAUCCCCUUCGCAAAGCUCCCAACACCCACGCCUCGGGCCACGGCGGGCCAAGGUCAGACGAGCGCCCACUGGCCCUCCUCACCCCGUGGUCGGGCUGUCGGCUCCUGGCCGCCAGCACACCCCCGGGCCCCGGUCUGGCACAGGGUGGAGAACACACGGCAGGCCAGGCCGCAGGGUCCGGGAGAGGCAUCGGAGCGGGGAGAUGUGCCUUGUGCGCUGCCCCUGCCACCAGCCCGGCCACCAGCCCCAGCGGGCGCCAGCAGCCGCGGCGCCAGCUUGGCCCAUCGGCCGGGAAACCCGUUCUGGGCAGACGAGAACUAUUCUAAAAGGAGAGCACAUCCCGCUGUGCCCUCAGUGCCUCCUCCAAGGCUGGCCACGGUGGCCGGGACCUCAGCCCUGGACUGGGGGGGCGUCCACUCUGGCAGGGCGCUCCCGCACCGUGUGCAUAGAACUCGGGACCUCCCAUAGGCCAGGGUCCUGCUGCAUCUGGCCACAAACGCCAGGAUCUGAGCAUCUGUUCGUGGCAGCACAAGGCCCCACGGCCACCAAGAGACGUGACUGCCGAGUUCCGGCAGGGCUGCGCCGCCUUCGCCCCCAUCAUCACCCUGCCUCUGCCCCCUCCCCACUGCUGCCCGGCACAGAGCAGCCCCGGCCGGACAGACGUGCCGGUGAAGGCACCCGCAGCCCCUGGACCCGCACCAGCGCUUGCUCUUUGCCAGGCACUGUCCUAAGGACUCAUACACGUGACGUCUGUCCUCACAGCCCUGGGGUGGCCCUGUCACUCCACUUUCAGUGCCGUGGCCACCCUCCCACAGCUCCAGGAGCUAGACACUGGUCCCAGGCUCCCACGGGCUCACUGGGGUGGGGCGGUAAAUCCCUGUCACGGGGCACACACCCUGUGCACGUCAUUCUAGGACGGGAUGGUCCAUUUACAGUUUUCGUCCUGUUUUCAAAGUAGUCUGUGACCCUAAAAAGACUGGGUGCCUCAUGUCAAACAGGAAAAGGUUCUAAAUUUUAGGGUUGGAGUUUUACAAAAGAGCCUUUCCGCAAAUGUACAGGGACUUUACAAC